GCAGGAAACUAGGUGCCCCAUAUAUGCCUGAGUGAUGCUGAAGCAGAUUACAUUUCCUCAGAAGAAGGCUCCUGGGUGCCUGGAAGACCAUUCUGAGGAUUGUUCAGAAGAGAAUACAUCAAGGAUCUCUUUAUUGAGUUUCUCUAGAACAAAAGCCACAAGCUACCCGAUGUAACCACAUUGGUGGUUAUUUAGAGGAAGAAGUAUCUUGGUUGUCUUUAACAACUGUAAAGUCGAGAGCUUAGUCCCCUCAAAAAGAUCCACUUUGGAAGAUGUCACUUCACAACCCUUCCAAUGUAUUUCUGGAUCCAGCCCCCAGUCACCCCACUCGCUUCCAAGUCAAUGUUAUCAAUGAGGGGCCGGAGAGCUGCGCAGCUGCCGGCGACCAUGCUGACCCUCCACACUACGAAGAAACCUCUUUUGGGAACGAAGCCCAAAACAGACUCAGGAUCAGCUUUAGGCCUGGAAACCAGGAGUGCUAUGACAAUUUCCUCCCAAGUGGGGAACCCGCUAAAACAGAUGCCAGCGUUCAUGUCUAUGAUUCACACACAAACACAUACUACCUGCAAACCUUUGGCCACAACACUCUGGAUGCUGUGCCCAAGAUUGAGUACUACCGCAACACCGGCAGCAUCAGUGGGCCCAAGAUCAACCGGCCCAGCCUGCUCGAGAUUCAUGAGCAACUAGCCAAGAAUGUGCCCGUGGCUCCGGGUUCAGCCGACAGGGUGGCUAAUGGCGAAGGGAUGCCUGGUGAUGAGCAAAUUGAAAACAAGGAAGAAGAAGACCAAGGGGGUGCUGUGAAGUUUGGAUGGGUGAAAGGUGUGCUGGUACGAUGCAUGCUGAACAUCUGGGGAGUCAUGCUCUUCAUCCGCCUCUCUUGGAUUGUGGGGGAAGCUGGCAUUGGUCUUGGUGUGAUUAUCAUCGGCUUAGCGGUGACAGUGACCGCUAUCACUGGUUUGUCCACCUCUGCUAUUGCCACAAAUGGAUAUGUCAGAGGAGGUGGGGCCUACUAUCUUAUUUCCAGAAGCUUAGGGCCCGAAUUCGGUGGAUCGAUAGGUUUGAUCUUUGCUUUUGCCAACGCCGUGGCUGUUGCUAUGUAUGUGGUGGGCUUUGCCGAGACGGUAGUAGAUCUUCUUAAGGAGAGUGAUUCAAUGAUGGUGGAUCCAACCAAUGACAUCCGAAUAAUAGGCUCCAUCACAGUGGUCGUUCUCUUGGGAAUCUCAGUAGCUGGAAUGGAAUGGGAAGCAAAGGCUCAAGUGAUUCUUCUGAUCAUUCUCCUCAUUGCUAUUGCGAAUUUCUUCAUUGGCACCGUCAUUCCAUCCAACAACGAGAAGAAGUCCAGGGGCUUCUUUAAUUACCAAGCAUCAAUAUUUGCAGAAAACUUUGGGCCAAGUUUCACCAAGGGAGAAGGCUUCUUCUCGGUCUUUGCCAUUUUUUUCCCAGCAGCGACUGGAAUUCUUGCGGGUGCCAACAUCUCGGGAGAUUUGGAAGAUCCCCAAGAUGCCAUCCCCAGAGGAACCAUGCUGGCUAUUUUCAUCACGACUGUCGCCUACAUAGGAGUUGCCAUCUGUGUCGGAGCCUGUGUGGUCCGAGAUGCCACUGGGAGUCUCAACGACACCGUCAUCUCCGGGACAAACUGCAAUGGCUCUGCCGCCUGUAGCCUGGGCUACGACUUCUCCAGAUGCCAGCAAGAACCGUGUCAGUAUGGGCUGAUGAACAAUUUCCAGGUCAUGAGCAUGGUCUCUGGGUUUGGCCCGCUCAUCACUGCUGGGAUCUUCUCGGCAACCCUCUCGUCAGCCCUGGCCUCCCUCGUCAGUGCACCCAAGGUCUUCCAGGCUCUGUGCAAGGACAACAUCUACAAAGCCCUGCAGUUCUUUGCAAAGGGAUAUGGGAAAAACAACGAGCCCCUGAGAGGAUACUUUCUCACCUUCGUUAUCGCCAUGGCGUUCAUUCUGAUCGCCGAACUGAAUACCAUUGCUCCCAUCAUCUCCAACUUCUUCCUGGCCUCCUACGCACUUAUUAAUUUCUCCUGCUUCCAUGCCUCGUAUGCCAAAUCCCCAGGAUGGAGACCUGCUUAUGGAAUUUACAACAUGUGGGUGUCUCUCUUUGGAGCUGUCUUGUGCUGUGCAGUCAUGUUUGUCAUCAACUGGUGGGCAGCUGUCAUCACGUACGUCAUUGAGUUCUUCCUCUACAUCUAUGUGACAUAUAAGAAGCCAGAUGUGAACUGGGGCUCGUCUACACAGGCACUUUCCUAUGUGAGUGCUUUAGACAAUGCCUUGGAACUCACCACGGUGGAAGAUCACGUGAAAAAUUUCAGGCCCCAGUGCAUCGUCUUAACAGGGGGACCCAUGACAAGACCAGCUCUCUUGGACAUAACUCACGCUUUUACCAAGAACAGUGGCCUUUGUAUCUGCUGUGAAGUCUUUGUGGGGCCCCGCAAGCUCUGUGUUAAGGAGAUGAACAGUGGCAUGGCGAAAAAGCAGGCCUGGCUUAUCAAGAACAAAAUCAAGGCCUUUUAUGCCGCAGUGGCCGCAGACUGCUUCCAAGACGGUGUCCGGAGUCUCCUUCAGGCCUCCGGCUUGGGAAGAAUGAAACCAAACACGCUGGUGAUGGGAUAUAAGAGGAACUGGAGGAAAGCUCCCCUGGCAGAGAUUGAGAACUACGUGGGCGUCAUUCAUGAUGCAUUUGAUUUUGAGAUUGGUGUGGUCAUCGUCAGAAUCAGCCAAGGAUUUGACAUCUCUCAGGUGCUCCAGGUGCAAGAUGAAUUGGAGAAGCUGGAGCAGGAGCGGUUGGCCCUGGAGGCUGCCAUCAAGGAUAAUGAGUGUGCAGAGGGCGGCGGAGGCCUCCGGGGCUUGUUUAAGAAGGCUGGCAAGUUGAACAUCACUAAGGCAGCGUCUAAGAAAGACAGCAGCAUUAACACGAUCCAGUCGAUGCAUGUCGGCGAGUUCAACCAGAAGCUGGUGGAAGCCAGCACCCAGUUUAAAAGGAAGCAAGGGAAAGGCACUAUUGAUGUCUGGUGGCUGUUUGAUGAUGGAGGGUUGACGCUCCUUAUCCCCUACAUCUUGACGAUCAGGAAGAAAUGGAAAGACUGUAAAUUAAGAAUCUACGUGGGAGGGAAGAUCAACCGCAUCGAAGAAGAAAAAAUUGCAAUAGCUUCUCUUCUGAGCAAAUUUAGGAUAAAAUUUGCAGAAAUCCAUAUCAUUGGUGACAUCAACGUGAAGCCCAACAAAGAGAGCUGGAAAAUCUUUGAAGAGAUGAUUGAACCGUACUGUCUCCGUGAAAGCUGCAAAGAUUUAGCCACCGCUGAGAAAUUAAAAAGAGAAAAUCCUUGGAAAAUUACAGAUGCAAUGUUGGAUACAGUCAAGGAAAAGAGUUACCGCCAAGUUCGCCUGAAUGAACUGUUACAGGAGCACUCCAGAGCCGCGAACCUCAUUGUCCUGAGCCUUCCAGUGGCGAGGAAAGGAUCGAUAUCGGAUUUGUUGUACAUGGCUUGGUUGGAAAUCCUCACGAAGAACCUUCCUCCUGUCUUACUCGUCAGAGGAAAUCACAAAAACGUCCUGACGUUUUACUCUUAAAGAGAAAAGGUUCAAGCGCAUUUUAAUUUUAGGUAUGAAUAAUUAAGAAAGAAGCUCCACUCUUUAUGUUUGAAUAUGACCUAUGUCUAUGCAAACCUUGCGAGACUAUUCUGUCUGGUUCUAUCUUUUUUUUUUUUAAUUAGUUAAUGGGAGCUUUCUUUUUCUAUCAAUUUAGGUGCAUUUGAGAGCCAUUGUGAUCCAUUCCUAAAAGGAAACAAAUGAGUUUGUCAUUGAUAUGGUGAACAAGCAAGGAAGUUAAUCAAGUCCAUGCUGAUUUAUGCCAGGAAAGCCACCAACUUGGUUGUACGCUUCUUCAAGCAAAUGUAAUCGUUUGCUUCCUCCGUGUUUGCUUCUAGAAGCUGAAUAGGCUUCAGCCCACAGCAGGUUCUCAAUAAAUGCUUAUUGACAGGCUGGUAUAGUAGCCAUGGGGGGUUAUCAAAGGUAAAGACCAAACUUGGCAGGAAACAUUCUUAUUCUUGGCCUCCUGAGAAGCUUAUACCUACAAAGAAGAUUUGAAAAUCAAUAACUGAAAACUUUAAGCAGUACUGAGUCUGCAAGCAUUUAAAGCAGUGCCUAAAUCAGGUGUUUAAAUGUAAUAUAGAUUACAUACUUAGAGCGAUCUGAGUGAUCAUUAAUAAUAUACAGCUUGAAUUUGCUGCUGGCUGAAAAGCAUAUUAGCUGGAUUAGAAGAAAACAUCCAUUGCAACCAAAUGAAAUAUAGUCUCUUCUUAAUAUACAAACUUCAAUUGUCCUCUCUACUAAAUAUUUGAAGAUUUCCAUCAUAGUACGACUUUGCAUAUUUUUUCUAAUUAAGGGGUUAGCACAGAUGAAAUCUUUAUAGACAUCUAAUUGAAAUUCAAGUACCACAAAUGUUCAGAUCAUUAUUAAGACAUAUACCCUGAAUCACACACUCAGUUAUUUUAUAUAGUGAUUAUAUGGGGUUAAAUGAACAAUUAAAAUGAGAAGGAACUUGUUAAAUUUGGAACACACAGGUAUUGCUUUCCCUGGGUGGCUUACUUUUUAUACUUUACCUGUAAGACUUAACCACACUGAGACAACACUAAAAAUUUUCUCACGAGUGGCUUGAUUUUCCCUCCCUGAUAUCUUUUGACUGCUAAUGAUAACUGAUGAACUGUACUGGGGGGGGAAGCAAUGAACCUGAAAUAAAAACAUUUUCAAAUGUG